AUGGCUCGUGUACCGGUUAUCGGGCGUCUCUUCUGGUUCGAGUAUAUUGCUCUAUUUGGGUCUUUAAUUCUGGUGUUGUUGGAAUGGAUUAUCCACAUUAUUACGUUUGGUCUUCCUGAGCCGAUUAUUAGGUUCUGCUACGACCGGUCCAAGACCGUUUUCAACCUGUUCAUAACCCCUGAGAAAACCGAUAGGCAGGGAAAAGAAGAGCGGUUCGCCGCUGCGGUCGCUCAGGCAUCUGACUUCACAGAGAUCUGCUCCGUUUUUGGUUACGAGGCAGAAGAGCAUAUUGUCCAAACUCGGGAUGGGUACCUGCUUGGUUUGCACCGGCUGCCCUGUCGUAAAGGCGAGGAGGGCAGGGCUGUCAACCAGGGGGAGGGAAGUCUCCAAAAGAAGGUCGUCUACCUCCACCACGGCCUGAUGAUGUGCAGCGAGGUUUGGAUCUGUUUGACCGAGGAGGAGCGCUGUCUUCCCUUCCAGUUGGUGGAGCGAGGCUACGACGUAUGGCUGGGGAACAAUCGUGGCAACAAAUAUUCCAAAAAGUCCACCAGAAAGUCGCCGUUGUCCAAUGAAUUCUGGGAUUUCUCAAUCGAUCAGUUCGCCUUCCAUGAUAUCCCAGACAGCAUCAAGUAUAUUCUUGAGUUGACAGGGCAGCCUUCCCUGUCAUAUGUGGGCUUUUCGCAAGGGACGGCCCAAGCGUUUGCGACGCUUUCGAUCCACCCGCAGCUGAAUGGGAGAAUCGAUGUUUUCGUGGCCCUUGCACCUGCAAUGGCGCCUGCGCGCAUCUCGAACCGGGUUGUCAAUUCCCUUAUGAAGGCGUCUCCGAACUUCCUGUUCCUCCUUUUUGGCCGGCGCAGCAUCCUCAGCUCGACCACGAUGUGGCAGACUAUCCUCUACCCUCCGAUCUUCAUGCGGAUCAUCGACACCUCGCUUCGGCUCCUUUUUAACUGGCGAUGCAGGAACAUCAGUCGCCCCCAGAAACUAGCGGGAUAUCUGCAUCUGUUUUCCUUCACCAGCACCAAGUCGGUGGUCCAUUGGUUCCAGAUCAUCCGCAACAAGAAUUUCCAGUUUUACGAUGACGAAAUUUACGCUCCGUUUAGUGUUGUCGCGAGCGAGCGAUUUUACAAGCCCGUCAAGUAUCCCACGAAGAACAUCAAGACGCCGAUUGUGUUACUGUAUGGGGGCAGUGACAGCCUGGUCGACAUUAAUGUGAUGCUGAAGGAGCUGCCGCGUGGAACGAUUGCUAAACAGAUUCCCAAAUAUGAGCAUCUAGAUUUUUUAUGGGCCAGCGAUGUGCCGGAAUUGGUGUUUGGCCAUGUGUUCGAUUCUCUGGAGCGAUAUAGCCUCCGCCGGCAUGCGCAGAAUGGGAAGAAGGGGGGGGAGCUGCUAGUGAUCAAUGGUACGGAUGGACGUGUUGCGGCCUAA